CACUGUUGUCAAAAGGCAGGACGGGGCGACGUCGCAAACAGGGACCGGUCUUGCUAUUAAUUUCUUUUUCACCGCAUUUUUUUUUUCAGUCCUCAGGAACGCAUGCAUUGCACGUAUAUUUUUUAAUAUCCAGCCAAAGGUUUGACCAACGUUUGCAUCUUAAAGUCGCUAGUUUUGAUUUGAAUUCAGAAGUUUAUGUAGCUGACGAGGCUAGCUUCCACAGCUAACGUCAGUCGAGGUGGGGUUAGCUAGCAAUCCGAGUGAACGUAGUAGCUCUCGUUCGGGUUUUGCAACAUUUUUCUUCUUGUAACGAUUUAAAUUUUGUAAGUUUUGAACUUCCCCGACGCGCACUUUCCUCCAAAAUGAGUGCAGGAAUUCCUCGGCCGGCGAACCCGUCGGCACAUGUGGAUCCGAAAUCUGCGCCUCUCAAAGAAAUCCCUGACAUCCUGGUGGAUUCACGCACCAUGAAAAGAUACACGAGGGGCAAAUUUCUCGGAAAGGGGGGCUUCGCCAAAUGCUACGAAAUUACAGAUGUGGAGACGAAACAGGUCUUCGCUGGGAAAAUCGUGCCCAAAUCCAUGAUCCUGAAGCAGCACCAGCGGGAGAAGAUGACAUCGGAAAUCGCCAUUCACAAAAGUCUCAACCACCCCAACAUCGUGGGCUUCCACGGGUUUUUCGAAGACGACGACUUUGUGUUUGUUGUGCUGGAAAUCUGCAGACGGAGGUCCCUGCUGGAGCUUCACAAGCGUCGCAAGGCUGUGACUGAACCAGAGGCUCGCUACUACAUGAUGCAGCUGCUGAAGGGCUGCCAGUACCUGCACAGCAACAGAGUCAUCCACAGAGACCUCAAGCUGGGCAACAUCUUCCUCAAUGAUGACAUGGAUGUCAAAAUAGGCGACUUUGGCCUGGCCACUAGGAUCGAGUUUGACGGCGAGAGGAAGAAGACCCUUUGUGGAACACCCAACUAUAUCGCCCCUGAAGUGCUCUGCAAGAAAGGCCACAGCUUCGAAGUGGAUGUGUGGUCGCUGGGAUGCAUCCUGUACACUUUGUUGGUGGGCAAGCCCCCAUUUGAGACCUCCUGUCUGAAGGAGACCUACAACCGGAUCAAGAAAAACAACUACACAAUUCCUUGGCACAUCAACCCGGCAGCGGCCUCACUCAUCAAGCGGAUGCUGCAUGCGGACCCUACUCUGAGGCCCACCAUCUUGGAGCUGCAGACAGAUGAGUUCUUCACGGGCGGCUACAUCCCCCUGCGCCUGCCCACCACUUGCCUCACUGUGCCGCCACGUUUCUCUAUCGCUCCCUCCACUGCCACGGAGAUGAGCCAGAGACGCCCGCUGACUGCACUCAACAACAAGGCAGGGACAGAAAAGGUGGACGUGAAGGACGAACCUGUGCAAAGGGAGCCUGAGCCAUCAGAUUGCCAUCUAAGUGACAUGUUGCAGCAGCUCAACAGUAUCAUUGCUGCCAAGCCAUCUGAAAGGGCCCACAUACGCCAAGAAGAGGCAGAGGAUCCUGCAUGUGUUCCCAUCUUCUGGAUCAGCAAAUGGGUGGACUACUCUGAUAAAUAUGGUUUGGGCUACCAGCUCUGCGACAACAGCGUGGGUGUGCUGUUCAAUGACUACACGCGUUUGAUGAUGUACGCCGACGGAGACAGCCUGCAGUACAUAGACAAAACAUCGGCAGAGUCCUACCUCAGCGUGCGCUCUUACCCCUCUGCUCUUACAAAGAAGAUAACAUUGUUGAAGUACUUCCGCAACUACAUGAGCGAGCACCUGCUGAAAGCCGGGGCCAACAUGGCGCGGCGGGACGGGGACGAGCUGGCCCGGCUGCCCUACCUCUCCCACUGGUUCAGGACCAAGAGCGCCAUCGUGCUGCACCUCACCAAUGGCACCGUUCAGAUCAACUUCUUCCAGGACCACACCAAGCUGAUCCUGUGCCCCCUGAUGGCCGCAGUGACCUACAUCGACGAGAAACGGGAUUUCCGCACGUACAAGUUGUCUCUGCUUGAGGAGUUUGGCUGCUGCAAGGAGCUGGCCAGCCGCAUUCGCUACGCCAAGCUCAUGGUGGAGAAACUGCUGGCCUCCAAGCCUGCUACUGCACAGUAGACAGCCUCACCCAGCCACUAGCCACCUCUGCUCUCUGCUGGCCUGUCAGAGGGAGGGACGGUCCUCAUAAUUGGCAUUAUUUUAUUGGAGUGAAGCGGUUAAAUGUGAUUUCUUUUUCUUGGAUCUAUAUGAAAUCUAUUUAAAGGUUUAAAGGUUAUCCUUCCCUUAUAUUGUACAUGAAAAUUGAAUUUCAGACAUACAGCUCUGUAUUCCAGCCACUGAUUUUAUUCUUUAGCAUCUUGAAAAACGUGAAAAGCUCUUCUUGACAAAACUUAUUGAUGGCACGUUCCUGCUCAGGCAAUGUCACAUGGCUGGGUUCCUGACAGCAUGGUAGACAAGUUGACCCUGUUUCAUCAAGGCAGACAAGGGAAGUUCCCUGUGUUCAGAUUCUUACUUUUGGAGUUCAUUCAUCAUUCUCCAUGCAUUUGUUGUGUUUUUAUCACAGUCGCAUGUUCUUAAACCUGGAUCAGAGGGGACUGAUGCAUUCUGGGCUUUCAGGCUCACGGACUGAGUGUGUGGAAUGAAAGUGUUUUCUUGUUUUUCUCUAGUUUGUCUGGUUUUAUCUGUACUGUGUGGAGAGAAAGGGCUGAGAGAAACAGACCAUGUUAAGUCUUGAUCAUGUACAUUCUUUCUAUAGUUACCUUUUCACUGCUUUUAUUCCAUAUUUUAGAUGUCUUUUCAACAAGAUGCUUGCUGUACAAACUGCUGAAUAUGCGUUCAGUGUUGUAAAGAUUUUAAGUCUAAAUAAAGAGUCUUUGGAAAAAA